GCCCCCACAAAUAACCCAGAGAUGCAUUUAAAAUAAAAUAACACAUUCUACUCAUGUAAAAACAUGCUGAUUCCCGGACCAUUCGCGGGCCGGAUUUAGAAGGCGAUUGGGCCGCAUCCGGCCCCCGGGCCUUAGUUUGGGAACCCCUGCUUUAGAGUCAUUCAUAAAGUUGAACUGCUGCAGAGAAAAUUAUUGCCAGCGCAGGGAGCGGCGAAGCUAAGACAUCUCAAGGGCAACUAGCAAGGUAUGAGAUGUGGCCGCCAGAGGACUCUCCUGCCUUGGGAGAGAACGGCAGCCUGCUCUUGGGGGCCUUUGCACACAGUUGUAUGUCUUUGCAUUGCUGGUUUCCUUCUCCUGGGGCCUCUCAUUCCGAAGCACUUUCUUUGCUCCCUCUCCCCAUCCAGAAAGAAAGAAAAACCUGGCUGAGGCUUCGCAGGGAGUUGUGCCAUCUCUCACUGCCCAGGGAGAUUUGCUUGCGUAAUAACCUUCCUUGGUCAGCUGACCGCCUCAUCGAGAGUAAAAAAAAAAGCAGCAGGAUGUUGCAGGGGUUGCAGCAGCAGCGGAGAAGUGUUGUUCCCGGUAACCAGGAUUAAUUUAUUAGGCUCAUUUAUUAGCCUGGCUGAGAUGCAUUCUGUCACUGCAUUCUGAAGGGUAGUGAUCUGCAUUCCUGGAUACGGCAAGGGAGAGAAGGAGAGAGAGGGCAGAGCUGUUUUUAAGCGCAGUCUUCAUAAAGCUGAGAAGAACACUCGCCACCAUAAGGUCGAGCAACCCAAGCAACCACUGGCCGCCGCUAUUAGAUCUGUGAUAUUAUGGAAGCUCAGCUGUUCCGUCGCCAAGGAAAAGGAGAGAAGUGUCAGAGGGAAAAUGGCUCCGGGACAAAACCAACCCUUCAUUCCUCUCUGGUGUCUCAGACAUCCCAGCAGAGUUAUCUUGGAAGAGCUGCGCUACUGGCAACAGGACUCAUCAUAGCUGUGGCCGUGGGCUGGCAUUCCUACAUGGUUCCUCCUAUGAAGGCAGAGAGGGUGAAGAUGAAGCAGGUGGAGCUGUGGCAGGAAGGCUUCGCCAUUGAAAACCGGGAUGGAGAAGUGGUCUUCAGAAUGGCCUUCCAAUCAGGUGUCCUUGACCUGGAGUCUUGUUCUAAGGAAGGGGGAUUUUUAAGCUGUACCGGUACAGAGAGGGGGAUGUUCAGUUUCAUCAUCCAGACUGUCAAACCCAACGAGGCGGUGACGUGCUACAUCAUCCGCUGGGAAGAGUUUGAGGCAGACUCUGCGGUGGAACAUAAAAUGUUCUGGGGGAACGCCCACUGGUAUGGAGGCUACGAGAUGAGCAAACAGCAAUGGCCAAUCAGGCUACCUGGAAGCCAAGAACCUGCACCAUUUGUGACUAGUGAUGUCUAUUCUUUCAGGAACAGCUUUGGGGGCAUCUUGGAGAGGUACUGGCUGUCCUCCAAAGCAGCUGCCGUCAAGAUAAGUGACUCUGUGCCCUUCCACCUUGGGUUCAACGCUUCGGAAAGGUCCCUCAUCUUCCAAGCCAGGUAUAAAGAUUCUCCAUAUGAGCCGUUGAAUGAGCCCUUCCCACAGUUGAGUUACCAUGUCUGCAUAGGUUCAGACAUGACCUCUGUCCACCGGUACAUGGCCCAGGUCCAUUUCAGGAAACCUUUGAAGGUACCUUCAGAAAGGAUGUUUCAGUUUCCAAUCUGGUCAACGUGGGCCAUGUACAAGAAGGAGAUUAACCAAGAGAAAGUUUUGGGGUUUGCACAGAUGAUUAAAAAGCACGGUUUCAAAUACAGCCACCUUGAAAUUGAUGACAUGUACACACAGAAUUAUGGUGACUUUGACUUUGACGCUUCGAAGUUCCCUCAGGCGACAGAUAUGUUUGAAAAGCUUAAGAAAGAUGGCUUCAACGUCACCAUCUGGAUACACCCUUUUGUACAUAGAAGUUCCCCAAACUUUGAGGUGGGAAUAGAGAAGAAGCUUUUUGUCACGGAACCAAAAGGGACACUCCCUGCCAUGGUUGUGUGGUGGAACGGUGUGGGUGCCAUAUUGGAUUUCACCAACCCUUCGGCUAAAAAAUGGUUCCAGAGACACCUGAGGCAACUCCGCACUAAGUACAGCAUCUCAUCCUUCAAGUUUGAUGCCGGUGAGACAUGCUACCUUCCCAAACAAUUCCAUACUUUCCAUACCUUGGCAGAUCCCAGCAUUUGGUCCCGGCAUUAUGCAGAAAUGGCCAUUCCAUUUCAUGAGCUUGCAGAAGUCCGAGUCGGCUACCGAUCCCAGCACAUCUCUUGUUUUGUUCGUAUCAUUGACCGGGACUCAAUUUGUGGGUAUGAACUUGGGCUGAAGUCCUUGAUACCCACGGUGCUGACCAUUGGCCUCCUGGGAUACCCUUUUGUACUGCCCGAUAUGAUUGGUGGGAAUUUUCUCCCUAACAAAACGGAAGGUGCUGUCGACAUCCCAGAUCGGGAGCUCUACAUCCGAUGGCUGGAGCUGUCGGCCUUCAUGCCUUCCAUGCAGUUCUCCAUGCCUCCGUGGCUUUACGACAGAGAGGUCAUCGACAUCGCCCUGAAGUUCAGCAGCCUCCACGAGUCUUUGGUUGCCCCCCUCUUGCUGGAGCUGGCCGGGGAAAUCACCAACACUGGGGACCCCAUCGUCCGGCCCAUCUGGUGGAUUUCUCCCCACGAUGAGGCUGCACACAAGAUCGAUUCCCAGUUCCUCAUUGGGGACACCCUGAUGGUGGCUCCCGUCUUGGAGAUGGGCAAGCAAGAGCGAGACAUUUACAUCCCAGCUGGCAAAUGGCGCAGCUACAAAGGGGAGCUCUUUGAAAAAACACCCAUUCUUCUUAAGAACUACUCUGUCCCUUUGGACGAAGCGCCUUAUUUUGUUUUGAAUUCUUAAGCUGCCUUGGGACCAGGGAAAGGCCUUGGAACGACCUGGGCUCUAGCCCUCAAGACCUCAUCUGGCUUUUGGUUCUGCUGAAUCUGUGCAGCUCGCAAUCUUUUUAUCUCACUCUUCCAUGACGGGGAAGGGCCGUUAUCUCCCAUGUUGCAGGAGGUGAAAAUCAGGACCAGGUUAACUCAUUGACGUUUUGUGAGUAUGGAGAGAGGCUUUCGAUAUCACGGUCCGAUUCUACACACAGAUGCACGCACACACACUGCAACGGGAGUCCUUUGGAAUGAUUCUCCACAGAGGACCAUGCAGUGACAACAUCGCAUAAAAUAGAUACGGGCAUUGCAAAGAAAGUUAUGUGAGCUGGACGCUUCUCGCUAGUCAAAGCAAUUUCUGUUGUGAGCUGCAAACAAACAGGGGUUUCCUACGCCAAAAAUUAUCCAAAUUAUGCAUCGUGGAAUUUUUGUCUUCCAGAAUAAAUUAAGCAUGCACUUUUGCACAAUAAUUAGCACCACUAGAUGGAACCGAGGGCUCGCUCCCUUCUGCUUGUGCCAUGCGGCAUUCCCCUUUCCCACUCUUUAGCAAUAGUCAAGUCCAGGGAAAACCUGAAUUGUGUUUCCUCCAGUUGAAUUACCUUUCCUCUACGUCCCCCACCAAUCCCGGUGGAUGAUGAUGAUGAUGAUAAUAAUUCAUUAUUUAUACCCCACCCAUCCAGCUGGGUUUCCCCAGCAACUCUGGGCAGCUCUCAACAGAUUAAAAACAGAAUAAAACUUCAAACAUUAAAAACUUCCCUAAACUGGGCUGCUUUCAGAUGUCUUCCAAAAGUUGUUCUCUUUGACAUCUGCUGGGAGAGCGUUCCACAGGGUGGGUGCCACUACCGAGAAGGACCUCUGCCUGGUUCCCUGUAACCUCGCUUCCCACAGGGAGGGAACUGCCAGAAGGCCCUCAGAGCUGGGCCUCAGUGUCCAGGGCAGAACAAUGGGGGUGGAGACGCUCCUUCAGGUCUACAGGACUGAGGCCAUUUAGGGCUUUCAAGGUCAGCACCAACACUUUGAAUUGUGCUUGGAAACGUCCCGGGCACCAAUGUAGGUCUUUCAGGACAAGUGUUGUUGGAUUAUGACUUCUGUCACUCCCCCAACUUUUCGGCAUGCUGGCAGCGGGUGAUGGGUUCGAGUUCGACAAGGACUUUGCACGUUCCCCGUCCUUGCCUUAAGUGUCCUUUGGCUGCUGAGACACUGGAAAUCUUGCCUGGCCAACUGCAAAAUGUUCUCAAUGAGGUGUAGAAGCUUUCUCCUUUAAACUGAGCAACGCUGAUGUUUUCCAAAAGCUACAGUCUGUGUCAGCGCCUGUAUUUAACGGUCCAAGGGUUGGACAAAUAGAGGUGUAUCUACUAGAAAGAAAGAAAAAAAGGCCACCACAAACACAGAGUCACUUGGCAUGAGUGGCAUGCUGACAGACAUGGCUUGAAGGUAAUGCUAUUGCAAACAGUACAGAGGGCAGGGCCAGAGAAAGAGUUUUCUUGCUUUCCUGCGUGCAACAACCAAACCAAACCAGUCUGGCCUGCUGUGCAGUAGCUGCCGAUGUUUCUGUUAUCAGGGAGUGUAUCAAGAUACAAUAAUAAAGCAAAUAACUAACGGCAGAGAGAUUUCAUUGCAUAGUUUUGCGUACAACAAAUUCAUGUUACAAGUUUGACAAAUUCAUGGAAGAGAAUUUGGUGGCUCUCGGCCAGGAUGGCUCUGCUCUGGCUCCCCGAUCAAAGGCAGUCAUGUUUCUGAAUCCCAGUUUCUGGAAACUGCAGGAGGGGAGAGGGGCUCUUGCGGUAGAAUCCUGUUUGCUGGUUUCCAACAGGCAACUGUUCAGCCACUGUGAGAACAGGAUGCUGGAUUAGAUAGGCCACUGGCCUGUUCUUAUAACUGCAGUAAAAUGCCUUUAAAAAAUGAAAUAGAGGUAUAUAAA